CUUUCUUUUCCCGUAUUUUUUCAAGAGAUGGUCAAACGCUGUUCCUGGGGCACUUGUAAUAGUUACAGUCGCUACGCAGAGAGGUUGAAAGGAGAAGAAGUGUAAACCGACCUGGGCCGGUCCCUGCCUUCCUCAGGAGCCCACCUGUCAUCCAAGCCCCACUGGAUAUGAAGCCCUUCCUCCAGUUCCCCCUGGAGUCGCCUCACCCGGCCAGCAUCGGCCUCUUCCACAACUUUAACACAAUGGACCCUGUCCAGAAGGCUGUGAUGACACACACCUUCGGGCCACCAAUGGUGAAGACAAAGCGGCCAAUCAUAUCCUGCAAUGUCUGUCAAAUACGCUUCAACUCAGAGAGCCAGGCAGAGGCCCACUAUAAGGGGAACCGCCAUGCUCGGAGGGUGAAGGGGAUCGAGACAUCCAAGACAGCUCGUUUCCAAGAUGGUGACAAGCAGCACCCUCCACCUACUGCUUCGCCCACCCCACGAGGCCCCUCACCAUCUAGCCCAGAGCCUAAUCCUAACAAGCAGGAUGACACCCAAUCCUGUCCCAACUCUAUCAAGUCACCUUUGACCCCUAGCCACCUCCCAACACCCACACUGAGCUCAGCAGACGCAGCAUGUCCCCUCUUGCCUUCUGUCAGCACGCCUUUGCCAUCCUCUCCGUCCCCCUCCGCGGCCCUUGGUAACCCCCCUGUGGAUCCAGCAGCAGCUGGUCUUCCCGAUACCCCGUCCCCAGCACCCAGCCCUUCUUCAGGAGAGUCAGAGGAAGAGAAAGCCAAGAAGCUUCUCUACUGCUCCCUGUGCAAAGUAGCUGUUAAUUCCCUCUCACAACUGGAGGCACACAACAAAGGUACCAAACACAAAACCAUUCUGGAGGCUAGGAGUGGACUGGGACCCAUUAAAGCAUACCCACGUCUGGGUCCUAAACCCAGUCCAGAGCAAGGAGGGGAGCUGUCCUCUGACCCCAACACUCAGGAACGCACCUUCCACUGUGAGAUCUGCAACGUCAGAGUAAACUCAGAGCUGCAGCUAAAACAGCAUAUAUCCAGCCGGAGGCAUCGGGAUGGAGUUGCAGGGAAACCUAAUCCACUUCUCAGCCGGCACAAGAAGCGCACAGACUUUAUGGAAAUUCCAAAAACUCUGGGGGCCGGACUUUUACCAAGUCCUCUUGCUGUCGCUGCGGCGAUGGCGGCAGCAGCCUCCUCUGGUCAGCUGGCACUACGUCCUCCUGGCCCGACCUCCCACCCUCAUCCCCAUCACCACCUCCUACAGGGAACACACCUCAGCCUCCUGAGGCCCGCCCCAGGUCCCAUUCGCACCACGCAUGGGCCGAUCCUCUUCACCCCUUACUGAGAGAAUGCGAGAGAAUGUGGACGAAUCAGGAAGAAGCACACUGUGAGGUGGAGGGCUGCAACCAUGUGCCAUCAAGAGCCAAACUAGCUGGUGCUGCUCCAGCUGUUGUUUCGUCAUAAUAAAAACAGUGAGCAUAAAUAUGACUCUUCAUGGUGCGUACUGUGGUUGCAGACCACUACUGUUACGUUAACAGAGGAGAACCAGAGAUUUCAAAGACACUGUAUGUUUCCAUCCUCCCCAGUUUCCCUUCAUCAUUCAACUAUCUGCCAAUCAUCAAGUAGACUGUACAGAUAGUUUGAAGAGGAAAUUAUUAACAAACAAACACAGUUUUUAUCAAGCAUGGACUUAUUUGAGAGCAUCCUCCAAUCUUCAACUGAUGACUAAUUAUCUUCACCUAACAUAUGAUCCACUGUAUCUGACUCCAAACCCUACCUCUCUUAUGUUUUUAAUAUUCACCUCUGCAAGGGUUCAUUACAUAUCCAAAGCAUUAAUGUUAUCAAAAACAUGCCUGAUGGGUUAGAUAUAGUAGUUGCCUCUGAUGUUAAG